CAGCAGCACUUUCUUUUUCUGCCCCAGGUUGGUUUGUUUCCCACCCACUCGGCUACCGGUAACAUCCGGCCAAGUGAUUGUUGUUGCGUCUACCAUUUCGCAGCCAACAUUCACAACUUCUUUGGGUACUCUCGCUCAUUCAAUCGUCACAACCGCCCUGCCUUACGCUGUGAAUCCUGCCGUGCUGCGGAUGCAACAAUGAACCAGAUCCCUGAUAUCUUGUAUGCUGAUCAGGACAACACUACAUGGCUCAUUCUGGGCGCGAGCAGGGGCAUCGGUCUCGAGUUUGUCCGCCAGCUGCUGGAGCGCGGGGAACGUAUAAUAGCUACCGUCCGCGAACCGUUCGCUGCCCACGCCUCGCAAUUGUGGGGGCAGGCAGGUAGCGACCACGGGAGAUGUCAGAUGUACAUCUGCGACAUCUUAAGCGAGCAAAGCAUUCUUAAAUUCGUGGCUCAGCUGUGUGCGAUACCGAAUCUCAAGAUUGACUAUGUCGUGUUGAAUGCUGGAGUCCUGAGAUACCCCAAUAGAGCGACUGAGUUCUCGUUUGAUGAAUUCGCCUUCCAUCUUCAUACCAACACCAUAGGCCCUGUGAUCACCGCUCAAAAACUGCUUCAAACCAACAUCCCCAUCGGCACUAUCGUCUUCAUGUCCAGUGACUCUGGUUCUCACGGUCAGUUUCGAGAGAUGGAAGAUGGAUUUGCUGCCUAUGCUGCUUCCAAGUCUGCUUUGAAUAUGGCAGUGCGGCACAUGGCUGCAGAGUUGAAGAGGAAAGACGACGACACUAUCAUCCUGUGUAUGCAUCCGGGAGAGGUGGCCACUGAUAUGGCAAACAUCAACGUCCCGUGGGAAGUGCAAGGUAUCAUCACGCCGGAAGAGUCAGUAUCGAAGAUGCUGAAUGUCAUUCAAAGCAAGGGGAUACAGCACAGUGGCACAUUCUGGACAUAUGAGAACAAGCCAUAUGUAUGGUGAA